CUCCAUUGUCCUGCUACUGGGUGCUGACAUCGCGUUCCCUGACAGCCCACCCCAAUCAUGACUGAAGAGACCCAAGAAGCCCCUGCUGCCUCUGGAAGCCACCUAGAAGGGCGGGGGUGACCCACUGGCUGAAUCAGCCCCGCGGUGCCCCACAGACACCAUGGCACCAAUGCUGAGCCCGAGGAACAGGGCAUCACUGGCCCCCAACCACGUGCAGGAGGUGAGCCUACACCGGGUGGAGUCCAUCAGCGACCUACACAGCGGAGGCUCACUGCGCCCAUACCUAGCCGAGGAGGCUCAGCCAUGGGAUGGGCUGCUGGGCAUCCUGCCGCCGUCGCUGUGCGCCCAGCCUGGCUGCAGCCCUUUGCACAGCCGAGGGGGCUUCCUGCUGCUGCUCGCACUGCUGGUGUUCACCUGCCUGGGGCUUGCCAUCCUGGCUGUCUACCUAAGUGUGCUGCAGAGUGAAUCCCUACGCAUGCUGGCACACACACUACGCACGCAAGAGGAGAUGCUACUCAAACUCCGGCUGGCCAGCCUCAGCCAGUUGCGGAGGCUCAACUCCAGUGAGGCCCGAGCACCCAGUUGAGAUACUACCUGGACCUGAGGUCUGGGUGUGUGUGUGGGGGGGCAAUAAAGUGGCCAUUAGCAGGUUUCUCCUCUCCCACUGCUGCUCCACACUACUUUCCUGGUGAGGGUUUUUCAUAGGAGCCUCAUCUGGCCCCAGAGCUGCUCGCCUCUCCUGGCUUCUUCAGGCCAGGCCUAGCCAAGCCUUCUGGUGCCAAGACCCUGCUUUGGGUGGCCCAAGGUCAGAGGAAGUGAUACCAGCCGCUUGGCUCCUCCGGUGGCCUAUCAGCACUCUCUGGCUUCCCUCAAAUAGCAGGUUCAGAAGUCUAGAAAUAGCCACCCCCAUCCCAGUCACCCAAACUCUGCCAGGCCUCCCAGUGGGGGUCCAGCCUCAGCUCUCAAGACAGGCUGGGCUGAGUAGGACCAUCUGGGGAAG